AUGGAGCAUCCUGACAUCGUCAGCCAGGACUCGGACGGCUCGGGGUCGUCGGAUGACUUCCCUCCGCAAUACCCUCUGCGGGGCAACUCAUCCUUCGGUGAGCCCUUCAUCGAUGGUGCUCAGGUCCAGACUCCGGCCACGACCAUCACCUCCUCCCCUCCGUCCCACCCUUCGAGCCUUAGUUCCUCAUGGUCCAGCACUCCAACUGCACGGCCACGAGGAGCUAGUGUUGGAGCCUCUGCGGUCCUCGACAAAGCUGACCCUCAUGCCAUGGCUACUGAUCUGCGCCUUCAACGCCCAUCGGCCCCCGCGAGAACCCCCUCCAAUACGUACGCUCCCCAGCGCCGUCCACCGCAGUAUAUCAGCCUUCAGAGUGACCGGCAACGCUCGUCCUCCACGAAAAGGGGCACUCGACGCGAUCCAAACGCGCAGUAUCGCGCCCAGGAAAAGGCUUAUGUCCAGCGCAUUCGGGCCAAUCCGCAGGCCUGGUACAACCAUUUCGACGACACGCAAUCCGCCAAUAUGAUGGUGGCAGAUGCAGAUCUCGAGGAUCCCUCCCCCUCGUCGGAGGUGCCCUUUGAUGACGACUCUUACGACCCUGAUACCCAAUUGUUUCUCCCCGAUGACAAUAUGCCGACGAUAGAAGAGUUGAAGAAUCCGAAGAAUCAGGAACGCCUAGAGUGGCAUUCAAUGUUGACAUCCGUCUUGAAGGGAGAUGUCGUUAGGCAAGAAAAACAACGUUUGAUCGACUCAACGGAAUCCAAGCGAUCAGCUGCUCUGGGUCAUGCGCUGUGGAUGGGUGUGCGAGCGAGAACUUGUGGACGAAGCCUCGCCCUGCAACGGAAGCUCAUUGAAGAUUCUCGGGCACAGCUUGGCCCUUUGAUCGAGGAGAUCAUCAACUUCCAGAUCAAGGGUGAGACUGAAAUUGGUAAGCCACCUAGACAACAAGUGGAGGAUGUGGUGGCAAAGGUCGAGAAAUGCGAGGUUCUCUAUUCUACCUCCAAGGAAAUGGAAGCCGCAAACCCUCGUACUGCCUCUGAAGAGUUCUAUUCUAGCCGCUCCGCCAUUUUUUCCUGGCAUAACAUCACGGCUCUCAUUAACACUGAGCUGGCGGUCUUGCAAAGCUGGGUGGGUAACGAUGCUUUGGAUUUCAGCCAGCCCAGGCAAAAACAUGAAAACAGCGAACUAUCUGAGGAUUCAUCCUUUUUGGAUCGCAUCAUGAAAGAGGAUGGUCUGAAAACGCUUCAAGGCGACCACAGCAUGCUGAAUGGACUGGGUAGAGUCAUUCAGAAAGCAAAGGGUACGCUGAUCGAGAACUCCGAGGCCUUUGCUGCCCGACACUUGCCGCCAUAUAUUGAAGAGCUUUUGACUUUGAUCAACUUCCCGUCCCGGUUGAUUCAAGAGAUCAUUCGCGUUCGAUUGUCCUACGCUAAGAACAUGAAGGAUCCCGCCCAGCAAUCUCCCAUCUUGGUGGAUCAGAUGAUUUCGCAGUUCCAGAUCUUGAUGAGGGUAGCAACGCAGAUCAAGCAACGUUAUCUUGAAAUCUCAAGACCGGAGCCUGGCUGGGACCUGCCGCCCUGCGUUGACGAGAACUUCGAUUCUGUGGUCUUGGAUGCGAUGAAGUACUAUUUCCGGAUCCUAAACUGGAAAUUGAACGCCAACAAGAAUACAUUCAAGGAAGCUGAAAUCCUCGAACAAGAGUGGGAGUUUUCCUAUGUCAUUGGCCGGCAAAUUGAGAACGGCGAUAUCGAGGUGGCUGAACAGUUUAGUGCUUUGACUGCCAAGUCACUUCAACGACUUAUGAUUCAUUUCGAGCGCGAGCUUGUACCAAGACCUAAUGAGAGCGUCGCGGAUAUGGACAAGCGCUACAAAAGUAUCCUCGAUUCCACGCGUAUUCGCCAGCGCAAGCUGUACCGAUUCUCGAAGUUCCUCUGUCAGCUUUUUGAAAAUGCCACCGAAUACAACCUGACGACCGAUAUCGCGUAUGAAUUCUUCGAGGCGCUGCUGAUCUCCGAUCAUUUCCUUGUCACAUCGCCCACUUCAGUUGGUCAGAAGGGUGUGUAUUUGAUUGCACACCAUUCGUUGUGGAAUCGACCUGCCGAUAUCCAAGCCAUUCUUGCUACCUCUUUCCGUGAAGAUGAGUCCGCGAAGGACGGGCCACAUAUUCCGUAUGUCUUGGUCAUUCGCCCUGAGAAGCCCCUGGCAUGGGCUGGCAAGGAGAUGAAGGUUAACUUCCUGGAGCAACCGACCGACGUGCGUCUUGGAAAGCUGCGUCUUGUCGUCGAGGGCAUGCAGGAGCGUCUGCAAAAUGCCAGGAUGGAGUUGGCUCAACUUACGGGCAUUCAGCUCGAUAUGGCGAUCGGACAGCGCGCCAAUUUGGGCCGUGUCAACGUGGAGUUGAACAAGAUCAAGAAAAUUUCUUUCAAACUGUCCAUGGCUAUUAUGGAUAGCGUGGCUGUGAUCAGGAAUCAACUCCGGGAGAAGACAUGGGAGAACAACGACUUGAUUCAGGCUUGCUAUGCGUUCGCAACUGAAUUUGGUAAGCGUUCAUCUAACUAUGUCGACGCCAACCGACGCGCCAUGAACAGCGCCCGUCUAGUGGAGUUGUCUCUCGACUGGGUCUCCUUUAUUUGUGAUGACUGUGAUGCUGCGGACCGCAAGACUUUCAAAUGGGCAGUGGCGGCGCUAGAAUUCGCGAUGGCCAUCACGUCUAGCCGACAUUUGCUGUCCAUGGACGAGGAGGAGUUCAGCCGUCUGCGGCUGAAGGUUGCGGGCUGCAUGUCCUUGCUGAUCUCUCACUUUGACAUUAUGGGCGCCCGCUCCUCUCUUGCUGCUCAGGCUGAAAAACAACGUAUGGAGGAGCGUGCCGGCUACCGCAAGGUCGGCGCUGGUCGCAUACUCGGCGAUGAGGAAGCGUCAAAGCUGAUUCGGGAACAAUGGCUCGCUCGCUUGGUGGAGAUCGAAGACCGCAGAGUGGAGGAAGACGCGAAACGUCAAGCGCUCGGCAGAGUUCUCGAGGGAUCCAACGAGGCGGACCGCUCUCUGACGGUACUCUCAUCAUCGGCUACGAAUGUCAGCUUGCGUUGGCAGCAGGGCCAAUUUAUUGGUGGAGGCACCUUCGGCUCUGUCUACGUGGCUAUCAACCUGGACAGCAAUUACCUGAUGGCCGUCAAGGAAAUUCGUCUGCAGGAUCCACAGCUCAUUCCUAAAAUCGCGCAACAAAUUCGCGAUGAAAUGGGCGUUCUGGAAGUGUUGGAUCAUCCCAACAUCGUGUCCUACCACGGUAUUGAGGUGCAUCGCGAUAAGGUUUACAUUUUCAUGGAGUACUGCUCAGGCGGCUCACUUGCUAGCCUGUUGGAGCACGGCCGCAUCGAAGAUGAAACGGUCAUCAUGGUCUACGCACUUCAACUUCUCGAGGGUUUGGCCUAUCUUCACCAAGCGGGUAUCGUGCACCGCGAUAUCAAGCCCGAGAAUAUCCUGCUUGACCACAACGGAAUCAUCAAGUACGUUGAUUUCGGUGCCGCGAAGAUCAUCGCCCGUUCAGGUCGUACAAUAGCCCCAAUGGACGGACCGAACGGCGGCAUGCUCGGAAAGGAUGCCCAGAUAGCCAACCAGCGGGGCAAGAACCAGAAUACCACCACAGGUACCCCGAUGUACAUGUCUCCAGAAGUCAUUCGCGGCGACUCUUCCGACCUGGUCAACCGACAAGGUGCCGUUGAUAUCUGGUCAUUGGGAUGUGUAGUCCUGGAAAUGGCGACCGGUCGUCGCCCCUGGUCUGCCCUUGACAACGAAUGGGCGAUCAUGUACAACAUCGCUCAGGGUAACCAGCCAGCUCUGCCAACCCAAGAUCAACUCAGCGACACGGGAAUUGACUUUGUGCGCCGCUGCUUCGAAUGCGACCCUCUCCGACGACCUACUGCCGCCGAACUACUCCAGCAUGAAUGGAUCGUUUCAAUUCGUCAGCAAGUGGUCAUCGAGCCUCCAACCCCAAGCAGCGAAAACGGCAGCUACAGCAGUUCAAGCUCGAUUAGUCGUCAGAGCUCGACCUACGCGUGA